ACGUAUGAUCAGAGUCCUACUAAAAGAAAAUCCAACAGGGAAAACCUGCGGCUUUUGUGAGCGACCUGACGCCUAAAUCCAGAAAGUUUUAAAGUUGACUUGAUCUGUUUGUAAGAGCCCAUCAGCUCAGAAGACAGGAGGCUGCUAUGUCUGCCGAUCAGAAAGAGGCAAUGAAUAUAUAUAGUGUAACGCUCAACGGACCUGCUCCCUGGGGUUUUCGGCUUCAGGGAGGCAAGGACUUCAACAUGCCCCUGACCGUGUCCAGGCUGACCCCAGGUGGUAAGGCGGCCCAUGCCGGAGUGGGUGUUGGGGAUUGGUUGGUGUCCAUCUCUGAUGCCAACGCAGAGGAGAUGACCCAUGUGGAGGCACAGAACAAGAUCAGAGCUGCAAGCGACUCCCUCGCUCUCACUUUGAGCAGAGCUUUUAAUCCUGCUGGAGGAGAGCAGAAGAUGGAAGUUCUUGACAAAGGAGAAGUCUUCUGUGAGGAGUUGUACCCUGAGGGGAAGCACGGUCUGCGGGUGGAAAGCAUGCCCUGCUUCAUCCCCAACGAUCGCAGUAAGAAGAGACUGAUCCAGGAUACGGAGGAUUGGCAGCCACGCACCGGCACCACCCAGUCUCGCUCUUUCCGAAUCCUGGCCCAGCUCACAGGCACUGACUUCAUGCAGGACCCGGAUGAUGAGAACAUGAAAAGGUCCAGUCACGGAGUAACUCCCAGUCCUGCCAAGUCCAAGCCAGCAGACAAACCUGAUGAAGUUGAAGCGCCAGUUGAAGCACCAACGAAAUCUGGUCCAGCCUGCCGGCCGCCAUGGGUGACGGAUCCCGGUUUCGCAGACCGUUACCAUCCAGACAAGACCAGCACAGUGGUCACACAGCACCAAAAGCCGGUCCAACCCACUCCCAUGCAGAACCGCAGCUCUAUCAUGCAGGCAGCACAGCAGAACCCCGCCGACUCCAGCGGCCGCACACCGCUCUGCGCCGCAUGCAACAAGAUCAUUAGGGGACGAUAUGUGGUGGCGCUUGGUCGUUCCUGGCACCCAGAGGAGUUCACGUGCUGUCAGUGUAAAAGGGUACUCGAUGAGGGGGGCUUCUUUGAGGAAAAAGGAUCCAUUUACUGCACCAAGUGCUAUGACAACCGUUACUCACCCAACUGUGUCAAAUGCAAGAAGAAGAUAACUGGGGAAAUCAUGCACGCCCUGAAGAUGACCUACCACGUACAAUGCUUCCUGUGUGCUGCCUGCAAAAUGCCCAUCAGGAACCAGGCCUUCUACAUGGAGGAGGGAGAGCCCUACUGCGAGAGAGACUAUGAAAAGAUGUUUGGUACCAAAUGCCAUGGCUGUGACUUCAAGAUUGAUGCAGGAGACCGUUUCCUUGAGGCACUGGGCUACAGCUGGCAUGACACUUGCUUUGUCUGUGCCAUCUGUCAAAUCAAUCUGGAGGGGAAGACAUUCUAUUCAAAGAAGGACAAGCCACUAUGUAAAAGUCACGCUUUCUCUCCGGUGUGAGACUCCACAAUUCGUCAAGGAGGGGCCGGACCGGAGACUGGGGGGUCUAUAGCUAUGCCAAACAAGACCAAGUACUUUACUUGAAGCCUGUAACAUAUGGCUGACUGACAGAGUGAUGGAUAUAGUAGCUCCGCUGGCUUUCACCGGCUGUUAUAGCAGCUUCGAUCAGCAUUUACUAAGUAUGUGUCAUUCAGCAAAGCACAGACCUGAAUUUUUGGUAGCUUGCUACAGUAAGCCGACAGACUGGCCUCAGUUUUGCUGUGUUACGAUGCCAGUCAUUCAACUUGAAACAGCUUGUGAACUGUUUCAACCACCAAUGCCAGAUUUCGGAAUGGAUAACAAAGUAUUUGGAUGAAGUAUUUUAGCUGUCCCUCCUCAUCCCACUCCACCUCCAAAACUACACCUGCAGUAUUUGUCAAUCCAAAGAAGACAGCACGCUCUUACACUGCUCACUUUGAUUUCACUUUUCAGACAUUCGUCAGUUUGGCAUCUGAGUGAAUCUCACAAAACAUGUCAACAUUGCACCACAUUUUAUAUUGCAUAAAAAAUAUGGCUUAACCAUAUGUAAGAAUAUGAUUUUUUUCCCUGACAGCUGAGCACAUUUUCCCUCCAAAUGCAAUUCAAAUAACUCUAAUGCAAAAAUAAAUAAAAGUAUUUCUAUGUCGUAAUAGUAUUUGUUGUACCACUUGUAUGCUGAUUUUAAUGAAGAAAAAUGAUUAUAAAAUAAAUAAAUAAAAAUAUUAUAAAAAUAUAGUAAAAUAUCACCAAAAAAUAAAACGAUUAGCAUUAAAAUAUUGUCACACACAAAAAUUGUAUUGUAAAAUGUAAAAAAUUUUGUGAGAUUUGCUCCUUAUCUGCACUCUGAUGCAUAUUUAUCAUUCAAAAUUCUAUCCAAUCUUGUCACAAAUAAGGACAAAGCAUUCCCCAUGUAAUGAGUGAAGCAAUCUAGUUGUAUUCCUAUCCAUACAAUCCUUUUUGUAGGCCAAAGCAUUGAGCAUGUGAUCUACUCAGACAGGAUCUUAAAGUGGCCCCUCAAUCCUCUAGAUGCUGUGCAGCCUACUUUUUUGCUCUGCCUGAUUUGCUGUGCCAGGGUACUUAAGGUAAUGGCAAACCACAGAGGAAUAAAACGCCCCUGGCAGCUACACCGAAAUACAUUAGCACUGAUUGCAUGCCUUUCAUCCUGACCCAAGCAAUGGUCUCUUCAUGGCUUCAAUACUAAAUACGCCACAUUCAUCUGUUCUAAUCAGACAGGUAGUUCUAAUUAAUGAAAGGCCUGUGAUACCAUAAAAAUGCUCUGCGUUAGUGCAAAUGGAUCCUGCAAUAUUAUAUGGCCAAAUUUACUUCGAGCCUGUUCGUGUUGUUCUUAUAUGCUGUGUUAUUUAAAGCUUUGUGGCCUUUUUGGUGGAUUCUGCAAGCUAGUGAGCAAAGCACAUGUGUGCCAAAGGUUUUGAGCAAUCCUGUUUAUGGAUAUCACUCAUAUAUGCAUAAUCUUAUGGCAUUUCCAAACAUACUGGCUCUUCUUCAGAGACUACAUACAGUACCAGAUGCUUCCCAGAACAUCAUUCCCUUAUCUCCUGCACUCUAAUCGGAAGAAAUGCAACACUCCAAUAUCCUGCUCUUAGAAAGCUAUAUAUAUAUAUGAGACAGCAGCUCAAUUUUUUUUUUUUAUAUUUUUGUAUUGACGACGUGUUACGUAUCAACUAUCAAGUGCCUUUUUUUAAAGCUUCGCAGACUUUAACUAUUGUGUGUGUCACUCAGAACGAUAAACUGCUGUAUUUCUGUGCAUAUUAUAGAGAGAUUUUCUAUGUCGGAUGACGCAAAUCAUUUAGAAAGAAAUUGUGCUAGAGACAUUUAGUCAAUAAAUCACCUGCAGUCA